CAGCACUAUUUUUCAAAGAAUAAUCAGUAUAUUAGUCCGUUAUCGAUCCUCCUAGCUCAACAAUCAAAUCCAAGUAGUUCAAGGCCUAGUAUUGAAAAAAAAUCACGUCCAACUCUUCAAAUCCUAUUCCGCAUCGUCAGAUCCGAUCGGAACGAACACACAAAGGAAGGAUUUACCUUCCUUUCACCUUCGAUGGAUAAUUAUUCAGCAAGCGCGUUUUCCAGCGUGUGGCAUGUGUAAUUGAGUAUAAAAUGAAGAACGCCACCCGCCAACAGGACGGGGUCGACCAGAAAGGCCGAGAAUCUUCAAAGGGACGUCGCGGCGCCGACGCGCGGCGUCGCCCCUGGCAACGAGGGGUCGUAGGAGCGUCGCGUGGUGGGGGGUCGUAUGUGAACAGCGUCCGCUUGUCAGUUUCCGUCAGUUUGCGCGCUUCCUCCAGGUUGUAAGCAACGCCAGCACUCUGCGUACACUGAGCCCGCGCAUCAUGUGCGUCUAUAUGGUGUCCACACAGUUUUUCCGAUAAUAGGGGUUUAUUUUGGAAUCGUCGAUCGAAACUUUGGCCGUCGAGAGAGCUCCAGAUUCGAAGUUUGCGAAAAAUAGUGUACUGAUUCAGCUAGCCAAGUACAGGAGAAGUUGUGUAACGCUGAUUUAAGAGCUCAUAGAAUAGUGUAGUAUUCGACGCAUACCCCUUGCACUACCUUCGUGCGCUAACUACUUCAAUCUCGGCCCCCGUGUGAUGUUGACCUGCGCGUUACGUGUUGCACCGUGCGGACCAGUGGCGUCCGUCGGUGGGCGAUGCGAGAGUUAGGAGGUCAGGAUCGCCUCCACAAACUCAGCGGAAAUACAAAGCCUUUUCUACAUGUACACCGGUUGCUCCAAAAACACGAGCUGGAGAAGAGGAUUCCUCUCGCAGCGCAAAGUAUUCACCGGGCAGAGCUGGAGGAGUUGCAGGACCUGCUCCAUUUCCCCGAAGAGGUUGCCCUUCGCCUGGCCGAUACUGAAUAUCAGCUCUACUACCAGGUCCCCCCCAUCGACUAUCUCCGACACGUGACACUGGAACUUGGGGGAGAUACAGGAACUUCCACAGACAACCUUCCUGGUAACUCCUCUACGAGGUCCUCAGUUGUUAAUCUGAUAAAUAGAUUCAAUGAGGUGAGCUCUUGGGUGACCCAACUCAUCAUCUCGCAACCCACGCACGAUGCCCGACGUGCCGUUCUAUCCUGCGUCCUGCGCGUGGCCCUGUCCUGCUGGAACAUCGCCAACUUCAACGGGGCCAUGGAGAUCAUCGCGGGACUCAGGUCGAAUAAACUCAAGCCAUUCUGGUUAUCCAUCACAGAGAAGGAGUCACUACCAGUCUUGGACUUCCUAUCGGCCGCCUUGAUGUCCGUUGAAUACGAUCGUGCCUUAGGCAGAGCUCUGGAAAUGGCAGAAUGCCCAGUGGUGCCUUUCUUCGGAGCUUUUCUGAGGGAACUGCGGGAUAUUCUCCAAGCGCCGCCCAUGCAGAGCCAUACGGGAGGUGAGCACUCCUCCACGUCCUCCAACAAACCCCCCAAAUCCGAAUCAAGACGGGACCAAAUGCAACAUCAAAGGCAAGUGUUCAUUUCGGACUACAACGGAGAAGACCACCAUUUCACCAAAGUUGGUCCAAGUGGCGUCAUAAAUCUCGAGAAGAUAUACCGUACUCAAGCUGUCAUGGACCAUAUUUCACUGGUCCAUCAACAUUACCACACGCGGAACCGAUUGGCGCCUAAUAACAGCCUCAUCGAAUAUCUCAGAUUAUCGACUUCAUCAGAACAGAGGGUCCUUUUUGCAAUGCCACCUCAAAAAGAAGAAUUAGAUGCUGAAUAUGAAUGUGAUAUGAACGAAUAUCGUCCAGUGCAGCCCCUCAUUCAUGACCAUGGCAUUAGUUUUGUUUGUUUAAACUCCCCUUUGACCAGAAUUGAUCAACAUAUGAUACAGAUCCUCCACCAUGGAAGCACGGUCGUCAUGUGGGAAGGAGUAGAAGGUCCAACAAAUGCUCAAAGCAUCAACAAAGGUAGCAUGUACUUCCUGCGACUAGAUCGAGCCUCUUCCACCCUCACCUGGGUACGACCUAGUUGGAGUGCUCUGAAGGCCGGAAACCAUUCUGAAAACGACCCCUUCACAACGGAUUUCAAUCUUUCCUUCAACCCCGAAGAGACCUUAGCAUCUGGAUUGCUGACCAAACUUGCGUCGCAGGCGGCACAAGAACAAACGACGAACGUCGGGAGCACUCUGGAUGAAGGAUUCCUCGACUUGGUUUCCGUGAAAGAACUCCAACUGGGAGGAAGAGAUAGUGAGAAAGAUCAGGAAUUGGCUGCAGUAGCUAGAAGGUAUGGAUUGGUCCAUGAGCCUGGAAACGAAUGUGCUCUAACAAUUCUUUACGGAUGCAGCAUCAGUGAUAACCGCCUGCUGUACAUCGUAUGCCCUCCAGCUGUUUGUAGAAUAUGGUUCAGUGGUCUUUCAUGGCUGAUUAAAGGUCUGUCUCGGCAAUUAUCUUUGAGUGAUCGGAAACUCAUUUGGCUCAAAGAUCAAUAUUUGCAGCUCUACCACGAAGCUGGUUGUAUUUGUGGACCUUUAGCUGCUGAUGCCAUCAGGUCUUUUGGAGGAAGAGACUGGUCACUCGCGGGAGCUGUCCAAUCUGCUGGUCAGACUGGAGAAACAGGUGCCCUGAGGAGAGAAGUCUCGAUGAAAAUAAAGAAGAAGCAGUUGUUGAGUAACCAAACAUUCAAGGAUAAGAGCCUUCGUAGUCAAUUCGUCGAACCAGCAACGAUGUGCAUGGAAAGUAGCUAUUGGCGAAAUAACCAUCAUCAUCGUCAGUCAACUCCUACAACAUUUCCGGAUCAUCAGCACGAUGUUGCCAGACACCACAGUUUGGGUCAAUUGGCCUACAAUCCUUCUCAACCAAAAUUUGAAAGAGAUCGUCAUGGCUCAACAGAGCUGCUGUGGCAUGGUCGACAUCCUCGAGUUGGUUCGAUUCUCUACGAUACCCAAUUAGACUUUGUAGAUUUCGUCCUACUUUUUCGUUCGUUCAGUUUACUUAUACGAAAGGAUCUACGGGAUCUAUUCGAAAAAUUAGCAAUAUCUUAUCGAAGCAUGGCUGUGAAUAUAUCCGCUCAAAAGGUGAACGGUGUUAAGAAAGCUGACCAAAUAAAAAAACUCCAAAAAUUAGGUUUAUUGACCAGAAACACAAAGGCUGAAUUAGAUGGCGUUGUUGUAAACUCCCAAAAAAAGGUAUUCGACGCAAUAGCAGCAGCUAGUAUCUUCACGAAUUGCGCUGGAAUCGACACCAAUAAUUCUCAAGUGAUAACUCUCUCGACAUUUGCAAAAUUUCUAGAGACCAGACAAAUGGAAACAUACACAGAAACGGAGGUCAAGGCAUUGAUCCGAAGACAUGAGCCUGAUGCAACGCUGAGAUCACUAGACUGUUUGUCUUUCGAAGGAUUCGCUAGAUAUCUGAUGGACAAGAGCAAUUAUGCCUUCGUCAAUGAGCAAGAAACUCCUAAAGAGGCGGAUAUGACGAGAUCUCUGUCGACCUACUACAUAGCCUCUUCUCAUAAUACCUACCUCACAGGCCACCAACUGAAAGGAGAAUCUUCCGUCGAGCUUUACAGUCAGGUUUUACUGACAGGCUGCAGAUGUGUUGAGCUAGAUUGUUGGGAUGGUGAAGAUGGUUUUCCGAUGAUAUACCACGGCCACACCUUUACCACCAAGAUACCAUUCAGCUCUGUGGUGGAAAGCAUAGACCGGAAUGCUUUCGUCAUGUCUAAAUACCCUGUGAUACUGUCUAUAGAGAACCAUUGCUCGAUACAGCAACAGACCAGAAUGGCGCACAUAUUUCAGAGGAUCUUUGGAGAGAAAUUAGUCACAAAUUUCCUGUUCGAUUCCGAUUACAGUGACGAACCAUCAUUGCCUUCGCCAGAGCAACUGAAAAAUAGGAUUCUGAUAAAGAAUAAAAAACUAACGAUGGAAGUUUCAGCACCCAUGAGUUUUUCAGCGGCUUCAUCAACACCAAUGAGACCUGGUUCUGGAAUGCGACAUUCAGUGCCUGGCCGUACGAGUUCAAUAAUUAGUAACACGAGUAGCAGCUCAUUUAAUGAUGAUUUCAGUGACGAUGAGUACGACGACGAUGACGAUGAAGAUAAUGUUGAUGUUACAGAUAAACCAAUUGCGAGCAUCAUAACCAACGAAACAACAAGGCCCUAUGGUCUACCACAUGCUAUGGCAAAGACCAGUUCCACUAAAAGGAUACCACCUGAUGACAAAAUGAAAAAGAGGGGUAGUCAAAUAUCUAAAGAAUUGUCAGACAUAGUCGUGUAUAUUCAGGCGAUCAAGUUCAGAGGUCUCAACACAAUAAGCCCGAGCAGUUCAGUGAAACAACGCCAUCAAAAAACGUGCCUCUCAAGUUCGGCCAGUUCAAUGACCACCGGCAGCAGCAACGCCUCGACCGUGAGUUCGACCAUGACCAACCUCAACGAAUCAGACUCCACCAUCUUCGAAGUCGAACCCAAGCCUCCAAGAUCAAACGUCAACGUGCCCUGUUACCAGUGCUCCUCCAUAAACGAAAACACCACAAAGAAGCUCUGCAGGAAACAGCCCCUUCAGCUAGUCGCCCACACUCAAACGCAGCUCAUGAGGACCUACCCAGCCGGCAUGAGGAUCGACUCGUCGAAUUUCAACCCGGUGAUAUUCUGGUCCUUCGGAAUACAGAUGGCCGCUCUGAAUUACCAGACGGACGACACACCGAUGCAGCUCAACAACGCAAUGUUCGAGAUGAAUGGCAAAUGCGGCUUCGCCAGCAAGCCCAGCGUGAUGUGGGACCGUUCCCACGUGAUGUACAGAAGGUUCAACCCGUGGGACAAACAGUUCGACGGUUUGCACUCGUCUCAGAUCGUUCUGCACAUAGUAUCCGGCCAGUACGUCAGCCAGACAAACGUAAACCUCAGCACUUACGUUGAAGUUGAAAUUAUAGGUAUCCCUGUGGACUGCAACAAACACAAGACCAAAGUUGUGCACAAGAACGCCUUAAAUCCUAUAUGGAAUGACACUUUCCAGUUCAGAGUGAUGUUCCAGGACUUGGCCUUCCUUCGGUUCACCGUCAUGGACGCUACAAACAAUCAUCUCUUAGCUCACCGAAUUUUGCCCUUGAAGUGUCUUAGGCCGGGAUACAGGCAUUUACGUCUGAGAUCUCCCCAAAACAAGUAUCUCUACAUGUCGACUUUAUUCAUCUACUCCAGCUCAGAGGAGGAAAGUCUGGAAAACAACAGUGAUGUACUGGAUCGAAGUCAAACUGAAACGGAGAAACCAGCAGAGAAAUCUGAUAAUACCUACUUAGGAUUAGCUGGAACGCCUUUGUGCGUCAAGAGAAGAAUGUUCUUCCUCAUGGUGUAUGGGGUUGUACUUGAGGAGCCCUAUACCAUCCUCAAAAUCACCCAAGAAAGCACUGUGCACGAUGUCCUUAUUCUUGCCCUGCAGAAAGCUAACAUUACUCCAGACAAAGUCAACGAUUACAUUUUAGUCGAGGAAGUGGCUAGAGGAUGGGAGAAAAAGGACCAUAACCUGCCUUCGACUCAACGAAUACUAAAUCUGGACGAACGACCUCUUCAAGCACAAUCCCAGUGGAAAGGGGAAGGUAGAUUCAUCUUGAAGAAGAUGGGAAAUGACCCGAGUAGUAGAGCCUGGUUGUCAUCGAUUAGAAGCGUUGCCAACCGUGAAAGAGACGCAAGAAAAUCAGACGGGGCGCCUAGCAAUGCAUGGGAGGAAAACGAUACUUUCCUUGUAUGUAUAUACAAUGUGUCGCCGGAAAUACCAUACGCCAUACUGAAAGUACCAUUGAACGCAUGCGCUCAAGACGUUUUAGCACAGGCGCUAGUUAAAGCGAGACGCAUGGAGGAUCCUAUGAAAUUCGUGAUCGUCGAAGAGUUAGAAUGGGGUGGUGCCAAUCCUAACAUUCAGCAACGUCCUCUAUCGGACUUGGAGAAUGUUUACAGUGCUCAAAGCCAUUGGCAAACUCUCGGCAGGUUCAUAAUGCAAGAGCGCGCCAAUGCAACACCUACAACUCUUCGAAAAAAUCGCUUCGCCUCAACAAUAAAGUUGGUGGCCUUGGAUCGAAUCAGAGGAGGAAUCAACGUCGCUCGUAACGUAGCCAGCAGUAGUAUCAAAGCCCCAGUACAAGUAGCACUAAGCGAUCCCACUACCUCCAAGUGGAGGAAUCAUAAAAACGAAGACUCUAGGAAAAAUAUAAGAUCCAAAGUCCAUUCCGAAAAAGAAACGAAUGCCACUGGUAGCACCCAAACGAAGACCCAGUGUCAUCGCGAAGUGCAUUCGGAGGGUGAAACUUUAAGUGAUGAAGAAAGCAAAGAGUCUGACUUGAUGUCAAGAUUCAAAAAAGUGUCGCUCAGAAAAUUCAAAGAGUGGAAAUCAUGAUUUUUGGAUUAAAAUGACCUCUUAAAGAGUCGGUGAUAAGAGUGAAUAUUUUAAUUAAACUGUGCACUGCUGAUGAGUGUUUAUUUAGUUUUCGAAUCCAGUGACAAUGAGAUGGUUAUACCUUAACGCGCUCAGUUACGGUUGAUGUUGAAUAUAAUUGAACAUCCAAAUACCACUGAUAUUCUAAAAAAAUUAACAGUUUUGUAAAGAGAAAUCUAUUAUCUCUAACUAAGCUUUGAUUCUGAAAAAUAUUAGUCAGCUACUGUGGAAAUUUUUGACAAUGACUAUUUGUGUUGAUGGACAACAUACCAUCUAAUGUAAAGAAACAAAUCGUAGUGUUUGGAUUUAAGUGGAAAAGGCUUUAGUUUCAGUGAUCUAUUUGUAAAAAUUUUCGACCAAUAAAUGGAAUUUGGAAAUGUACUUAUACGAAAUUGAAAUGACAUGGAAUUGUUAAAACAUUUCCCUAUAAUUUGAUAGUUUUUAAAUUUCAGGUUGAUUAAAAAAAUAAAUCGCUGACUUUAAAACAUUUUCACACGAAUGAGAUUUUUCACUGAAAAUUUUGUAAUUCAUAUACCUACCCACAUUUAAUCUGGACAGAUGGACAUUAGAUUGUUGUGGAUUUUGCAGAUAAUGGCUCUAAUAUCCUGAUUCAAUAUAAGCUGUUAUAUUCUUUUUCCCAAAGUCGACUUUUCUACUGUUCUCUCCUAGUUACUCAAUCUUUCUGUAGAUGAAUUGUAAACCCCAUUUAUUGUUCUCAAUUAUUUAUUAUUGCAGUUACCAAUUGAAGAGUUUAUAGAAGUAUCAUCAAAUACAUAUGUUCAAUAAAUAAAUAUUCUGAA